GGGAAAGGAUACAUGUAAUUGAAGAUGUUUUAGUCACAGGACCUAUGAAAAUUAUGCGACUUAAACGAAGACAGAAAAAUAUACUUGAAAUCGACAAAAAGCUGAAUCUCAUAUCUACUGUGCAUCAAACACAGCCAACUAUUCAAAAAUUACUUAACACUUCUGAUUUUGUUGGUGCUCUAGAUAUGAUAUAUACAACACAGGAUGUCUUAGCUCAAGAAUUAAGUGGUAUUCAUAGUUUUAGGCAUCUUAGUUCACAACUUGCAGAAAUGGAGAAGGUUAUUGGUAAAAUGAUGGAUACUGAUUUUGUACGUUAUGUAACUGCUGAUUUGAAUCGGCCACAUACAGAAUGCCUUAUAAUGGAAGAGGAAAGAUUAAUUGCUAUUGUAUUUGGUAUGCUUCGUCAAAAUCAUUUUCGUUUUGUUCAGACUUUUAAAGAUGAAUGUUUUACAACUAUCAAAGCAAUAGUUAAACAGACUGUGAUAGAAGUUAUAUCUAAAGCUGAUGAUUUUGACAUUGAAAGCAACACUGGCAACUUAGCUGAGCAGCUCCGAUCAUUAAAUUUUCAAAAAUGGGUUGAAUUGCUGCAGUUGAUAAUGAAAAAUCUUCAUUUCCUAUUACAACGAAUUCAGGCAUUGUAUCAAGUCAUGGAUGAUACCUUGGAAGUGGCUGCUGGUCAUAUUUCUAAUGUUUCAACAGAAGAAAAUUUGCAUCGAUGUCAUCCUUUGCAUUUAUUAGAAAGUGAAAAUGAACUUAUGGUACUGGAACAAGACUAUGUGAAACUUAAAACUAAUUUAAAAGAUGUCCUCUGUUCAGUAUGUGAUCAUGCACAUGACUGUUGUGCAAAAAUUUUGACAGCUAAAGCUAAGGAUGGAUCUUUAGAUAAAUUAAUUAUGUCAGAAUUUUUAAUUUUGGCUAAAAGUAUUGAAGAGUUUCAACAUCAAAGUGAAAUGAUUUCUGGCACUCAAAGUACAGCAUUAAGACUCGUAUUACAAAAUCAGGCAACCCGUUUUGUUACAAGGUUUCAUGAAGAGAGGAAAACAAAACUUGGCCUUAUUUUAGAGAAUGAACAGUGGAAACAGGCUGAUGUUCCAAUGGAAUUUCAGGAGUUGGUGAAUAAUAUUAUAUCAACUGGUUGUAUUACAUCAAUAAAAAGUAAAGAAGACAAAAUAUAUAGAGAUCCUCAACCAUAUUUAAUUGUUAACGGAGAAAAUUUUGCAGUUUGUGGCACAGCAUUGAUGCUUUUAAAAAUGGUAAUUGAAUAUUGCCAGUGUGCAGAAGAAUUACCAAUGCUUGCUCAGGAUCUUGCUAGUCGUCUUGUUGAGUUGUUAAAGGCAUUUAAUUCAAGAACAUGUCAGCUGGUGUUAGGGGCUGGAGCCUUACAAGUAGUAGGCCUAAAAACUAUAACUACAAAGCAUUUAGCUUUAACUUCCCGGUGUUUGCACCUGAUAUUAUAUUUCAUUCCUUAUGUUAAAAACCAUUUUCAAAGUAAAAUACCAGGGAAGCAACAAAUUCUGGAUAAGAAUUUUGACCAGGUUACUAAAAUAUAUACUGAACAUAUACGUGAAAUUAGUCAUAAGCUUGAAUCAAUUAUUUCUGAUAUGUUUGAAGCUCAGUUGAAAAAGUGGGAAGUUAAAGCACCUGUUCCUUCACCAUCCUUCAGUGCAAUUUCCAAACAACUGAAUAAAGUUCAUGAAUUGGUUCAUAAUGUGUUAUCUCCUGAAGAACUAAAUAACAUAUUUCUCAGAGUAAAUAAUUCCUUCAAGAACAAGUUACGAGAUCAUCUUCUUAGGCUACAAGUUAACAAUGAUGGUGGUCCACAACAUGGGUUGGUUACCCAGGAACUUACAUUCUAUACUCAGAAUUUGAAGAAGCUUCAAGUACCAUGUGAUUUUAAUAUGAAUGACUUAUGGCAGUCUAGGUAGUGAACUAUGAAAUUAUUUAUUAAAGAAUUUAUAUUGCUAUUUCCACAGUUGAUUGUAAAUUCAAAGAAUAUAUUUUUCAACUAAUCCAUUUGAAAAUAAAUAAUUUUGUGAAGUGUGUGA